CAACCCUGUGAGAAACCGCACAGAGCCUGCAGUGAACCUGUCGCUCCGGUUAGUGAGCGGGGCGUCGCGUUUUAUGCAGGCCCCCUUCGCGGUUCCCACACGGACAUGGCCGAAUAUAGCUACAUGGGUAUAUUAACGGCUCUGUUGCUGUUUACGGCCGUGACAGUGAGAGAUAUUUACCUUGGCCGGACAGCGAAGGAGCAGCCCGAGCAGCGGGCCGCGAGGAGCAGCAUGGCCUCCAGCGACUUCCCGGAGCCGGAGAGCGGCAGCACACCGAGGCAGAGCAAAGCCAAGCUCUACACAGGACCGGUGCUGAAGUUCCAGUACUGUAUUUCCUGAGGGUACAGUAAGGUGUUCCAGGAGUACUCCCGGUCCAUUAGCCAGUUGUACCCGGACAUCCGGAUCGAGGGAGAAAAUUAUCCUCCCAGGCUCCUCAACAAAUACAUGGCAAAUUUCAUCUCCUACUUUAAACUGCUUGCCAUUGCCCUGAUUGUCACUGGACAAAAUCCUUUCCAAAUGUUUGGAACGAACACACCACGAGUUUGGUCCUGGGGUCAAGAAAAUAAGAUAUUCUCAUGUCUCAUGGUGUUCUUCCUCAGUAACAUGUUGGAGACCCAGUUCCUGUCGACAGGAGCGUUUGAGAUAACGUUAAAUGAUGUUCCCAUUUGGUCAAAGCUGCAGUCAGGGUAUGUACCAAACAUCCAGGAGCUCUUCCACAUCCUAGACAACCACCUCAAGAUGAAUCAGGUCGACAACUUCAAAUUCACCUCGCCGUAGCGCUGCUGUUCAAGCUGAGAGAGGUCUCUGGAGCUGUUUUUCUGGACAGAGGGACUGUGGACCGUGGCUUAAUGAAGGCCUGCACUGCAAACAGCUUGCUGUGGGUGCAGACUGGAUGUUCCUGCCACAACACGCGCUUCCUGUGGCCAGUGACGCACUCCUCCAGACUGACUGCAUCUCUACUGGGCAGCGUGCCAGAUGCAUUCAUUGUGUGAAAGUAAUUCGUGAUCUGGACACUAAACUUUUAUUUUCUGAAACUAGAUACAUGAGCAAAUACGACCAAAUAAGUGGCAAUCAGGAAGGUGUCAUAAAAUAUCUCACAUUUGUCUACAAACGUUUGAAUGAUCGUAGAUGUGUUUGUGUGGCGCUGCUGUGAAACUGUAAUUAUGUAUACAGGACCUUUUUUCCCCAUAUAUGCAUUUCACUUGUGCUGAAAAACUGUUUUUCAGGUUAAGAGAAAUGUUUGUGCUAAUGUGCAAUUUGUUUACCUUAGAAUUCUCAAGAGGUGUCAUUUUCAUGUCCCUUUAGUAGAGCUGAUGAGGACAUGGUUUUAGGUGGGAAAUGUGGUAUCUAUUGGGAUCUUCAGGGUCACCCUUCCUCUUAAUUCUUCAGGCUUUUUGUAGCCAUGUUCAGCUGACUGUUUAGAAAUGUUGUUGGAGUAAUCACUGUCUUAAUGAGAACACUGCAUAUCACAGGUCAAAUAUAAAUGGUACUCUUUAAUUUCCAAAA